UGUCUUGUGCUAUCCAGUUACAAGCCAAGCCGGUCUUAUUAAAUCAUUCUCCUACAAAUGCAAAACCACCCCCUGGUUUGCAUGAGCUUCGAUAUACAACAUGAAUAAAACUCCAUGUUGCCACAAACAAGUAAUAGUGUGAAUCACAUGCUUCCCCAUUAAACUAUCCUGCAGUCUUGCAACAUCGGCAAAAACAGAGGAUGCCAUAAAUAAUGUCUUUCUUGAAUCAACUUAUAAUGUGAUGUGAUGUGGUUUGAGCAAGCAAGUGAAGGGGUGAUGGUUGUUGUACUAACCUAUUCCUAAAGGUCUAUUUGGAUCCCAUAGCUAAUGGGUGAAAAUGCUAAAUUGUAGCACAUUUAUGUAUUAGCCUAUCCAAAUGGGAGUUAGCCCACCUCCAAAAAGUGCAAAAGCAUUAGCCGGUAGAGAGGAGCUAAUGGAUGCUAAAGACUUGUGAAAAAGAAAAAAAAGGAGAGAGAAAGGAAGGAGGUGAGUAGAUAAAAGUGACUUUUCAUGAGUUUUAGAUCUAUCCAUUAGCCAUGUCUCCAAACAUGAGUGCUAAUGAGUGAAAGUGCUGAACUUUAGCCCUGCUAAACUUUAGCAAUAACACAUCAAACCCACCUAAGUAAUUUUUAUCCACCAUGCAAUGCCGACCGUCCUCCCCUCCCCCCAUCAUGCGCUGUAUGUCUGCACAGAGCACUCGAUCAUCACAAUCUGUUUUUGCUUUGCGCACACAUUACGUUACGCAUGGCUCAUCAUCAUCACAUUCAUGUUCAAGCAAGGAGUGAAAUCUAAUCCAAUGAUCGUAACGAUGGUAAUGUCACACCAUGCAGUUCAGUGUGCACCUCUCCUCCCCUUCUAUCUUGUACCUUCUUCGUCAUCGUGCCGUCGUCGUGGCGGUCGAGAAGAACACAAACUCUAGUCGUCAGCACUCAGCAGCUCACUGAUCAGCAACGGAUCGGAAAGGAAGAUGAAGCUUGGGUGGCGCCGUACAAGAAUUCCAGCCAGGGCUGCUGCUAAGCCGCUGGUGUUAUGGGCAGCGUCGGCCAUCUGCUCUGCCCUGGUCGCCGUGCUGCUCGCCUCCAGAUCAUUCUACAUCCAACAGCAACCUGACACCUCCACCGGGGCGGCGGAAGAGGGCCGGCACCACCACCGGCGCCGAGCCUGCGAGGAGCAUGCCAGAUGGGUGGCCAGGAUGGCGUCCCUGCACAACGCCUCCCUGGUCCUCACCGUCGACCGCAGGGGCUGCGCCAACUUUACCAGCGUGCAGCAGGCCGUCGACGCCGUGCCCGACCACGCGGCGGCGGCGGCGGCGCGCACGCUGAUCGCCGUCGACGCGGGAGUCUACGCGGAGAAGGUGGUGGUUUGGGGCAACAAGACGGGAGUCACGCUCCAGGGCCGCGGCAACCUCGAGACCGCCGUGGCGUGGAACGCCACCGCCAACUCCAGCGGCGGCAGCACCUCCGCCAGCGCCACCUUCGCCGUCCUCGCCGCCGGCUUCGUUGCCUACAACCUCAGCGUCCAGAACACCGCCCGCCCCGCCGCCCCGGGGGACGCCGGCGGCCAGGCGGUGGCGCUCCGCGUCGCUGCCGACCAGGCGGCCUUCUACUGGUGCGGCUUCUACGGGUCGCAGGACACGCUGCUGGACGAGCGCGGCCGCCACCUGUUCCGGGAGUGCUACGUCGAGGGUUCCAUCGACUUCAUCUUCGGCAACGCGCGGUCCCUCUACCUCGGCUGCACCAUCAGCUCCGUCGCCGACGCCGGCGCCGGCGGCGUCACGGGGAGCGUCACGGCGCAGGGCCGCGCCUCGCCGGACGAGAGGACUGGGUUUGCGUUCGUGCUCUGCAGCGUCGUGGGCACGGGGCGGGUGUGGCUGGGCAGGCCGUGGGGCGCCUACGCCACCGUCGUCUUCGCCAGGACGUACCUCGCCGACGUCGUCGCGCCCGGGGGAUGGGACGACUGGAACGACCCCGCCAGGCGGCAGUCGGUGUUCUUCGGCGAGUACGACUGCACGGGCCCCGGCGCAGCCGCGCAGAGGGUGGCGUACGCGAGGCAGCUGGACGAACGGCAGGCCGCGCCGUUCAUGGACGCCUCCUACAUCGACGGCGGCCAGUGGGCGGUGCCCCCUCUGCUUCCGCCGGUGCAAGGCGACGACGUCAUAUCUGCUGAAUACGCCAACACCAUGGCCGCCGGCAGCAUGUAAAUGUACUGUACUAUACUAGUACUACCCAAAUUCAGUCUGCAGCUGCGAUACAGAGUCAACCAUGAGCAAGGUGAAAAGGCCACUGCUCGGUCGCGUGUCCCAAGG